AGAAAUUAUGCCCGCCUACUCGUUUAGGCUUAGCCGAAUUGAUAAACUGCGUGCGAACCCUAACAUUCUAUCGACAACACCGACGAGGUUACAAUAAUUUGACUCCAGCUCCAGUACAUUAAAGAUCCCAAGCUCUCACCAUGUCUAACCCACGCAUCGAAGAACUGAACGACGAGGAGGUGCCCAAGCAGGUUGUGGCAGAGGAGGAAGCAUCUGACGACUCCGAUUCCGAGGUCGAGACCGGAGAGUCCAUCCCAGCCGGCGCCACCGCCGUUGUCCACUCUCGCAAUGAGAAGAAGGCCCGCAAGUCGAUUGCCAAACUCGGCUUGGUCAGAGUCCCAGGCAUCACCAGAGUUACCCUGAGACGCCCAAAGAACAUCCUCUUUGUCAUCAACCAGCCAGAGGUCUACAAGUCGCCCAACAGCAACACCUACAUCGUCUUCGGUGAGGCCAAGAUUGAGGACCUCAACUCCCAGGCACAGGCAUCUGCCGCCCAACAGCUCGCAGCUGCUGACACCCACGACCACGCUGGCCACGACCACGCCGGUCACGACCACUCCCACGACCACGGCAAGGGCAAGGCUGUCGAGGCCGCUGACGAGAAGAAGGAGGAGGAGGAAGAUGAUGAGGAGGUUGACGCAGAGGGACUUGAGGACAAGGAUAUCGAGCUUGUCAUGACCCAGGCAAACGUUUCCCGCAACAAGGCUGUCAAGGCAUUGAAAGAGAACGACAGUGACAUAGUCAACUCGAUCAUGGCUCUCAGUAUAUAGGUUCGGACGGGACAAUUGUUCAGCGCCUGACGCCUUGUUAUCUACCUAGCUUUUGUACAAUGUGCAAUAAAGCAGUAAUAUGAUAUGGACAGCCGUUUCUAUUACAGGAUUUGUAAAGUAGUAGAUGGGCAAGUGCAGAUUCCGAGAGCAUGUAUGAACCAGACCAGACCAAAAUGCCAUUUUAUUAUGGCCUCUUCAAAACAAUCUCCAUCUAUG